AUGAACGGCGAUGAUAUCUUACUUAAGCCGAGUGCCGAGACGAUGUCCCGCAGCACCACGGGAGACGUGAUGCCGCAAACCGAAGCGCGGGCGUACGCCCUUUCGCUUCCUCCCGCGCAGAGAAGCGAGAUCAGCGGAUGCUACUGCCUGAAAUGCGUCCCUUGCGGGUCGUUUCCCGUCGCGGCGCACUGCGUUUGCGGCGGUUCUUCGCUUUGCUGGGGGUGUGGAACGACUCCCUUCGCGUGCUUCGCGAUCCCGAUGCCUUUCAUAGACCCAUACUUCAGGAGCAUCAAGCGAGACUGCGUUGUGAUGGUCGUCAACGCGGAGGACCAAACUCUGGCGUGCUACCCCGGUGAACAAGCCGAGGAUCCCAUCUGCAUUUGGUCAAAGCUGUGGUGA